AUGGCGUCGCGUUUCUUCUACGGCAGCGACAGCGAGUCCAGCUCCUCCGGCGAAGAGGAGGAGGAUGUUUACCACUCCGAGGAUGAGGACAGCGAGGCUGAGGAUUCCAGCGAUGAUUCCUCCGACUCCAGUUCCGAAGAAUCCGGCGACGAAGAAGGCAAGACCGGUACCAACAAGUUCUUGAGGGAUGCUUCGGAGAGCGAGGAGAGCGAGGACGAGGAGAAGGUUACGGUCGUCAAGAGUGCCAAAGAUAAGCGAUUGGAGGGUCUGGAAAACACGAUCAAGUUGAUCGAGAACGCCCAAAAGAUCGGUGACUGGUCUGUCAUCUCGACUGAGUUCGACAACCUCAACAAAAUGAUCGUCAAGGUUACCCAGUCUGGCUCGACCCCCAAGGUCUACAUCAAGGCCAUCGCCGACCUCGAGGAUUUCGUCAACGAGACCGUCAGCAAGCAGAAGUCCUCCAACAAGAAGAUGAACGCUAGCAACCAGAAGAGUCUCAAUGCCGUCAAGCAGCGUAUCAAGAAGAACAAUAAGGACUAUGCCGCCCAGAUCGACAAGUAUCGCGCCGCCAAGGACGACUUCAUGGCCAUCGAGGAGGAGGCCGAGAAACCUGCCCCGGCCCCUGUUUCCAAGCCCACCAAGGUUGAGAAGAUCCAAAACUUCGCCGCCGCUUCGGCUGCAGCCGACGACGACGGUUUCGCUACCGUUGGCCGUGGUGGAAAGACCCUGCAAUACACCCCCGAGAGUAUCCUGAAGCACUUGCGUGUCAUUGUCGAGUCCCGCGGAAAGAAGAACACCGACCGCCUGGACCAGAUUCGCACCAUGGAGAAGCUCCUGGAGGUCGCCACUACCCCUUACCAGCGCAUCCGUGUCUACCUGACCCUUAUUUCCACCCGCUUUGAUCUCACCUCCGCUUCCGCCAACUACAUGAGCCCUGAGCAGUGGAAGCACGCCGAUCGGGAAUUCGGCACUCUCCUGUCAGUGCUGGAGGAGCACCGCAACUACAUCAUCUCCGAGGGUGCGGACGAGUGGGAGGAUGAUGAGAAGCAGCCCACCAUUGCCGAGGGAGAGACCUUCUACAUUCCUGGCAGCAUUGUCUCAUACAUCGAGCGUCUCGACGACGAGCUCACUCGCUCCCUUCAGCAGAUUGACCCCCACACUGCUGAGUACAUCGAGCGCCUAAGUGAUGAGCAGCAGUUGUACAACAACAUCGUUCGCACCCAGCUCUAUGCUGAGAGCUUGAACGCUGGUGACAAGAACGACGCUCGCCAGGACAGUGUCAACCGCGUGGUCAUCCGUCGGUUGGAGCACGUCUACUUCAAGCCCUCCCAGGUUGUCUCCAUUCUGGAGGACGCCACAUGGAAGGCUCUUCCCCCGCAUCUCGACUCCGCCGUCACUCCCCGCAAGGACGCCGGCGAUGUGACUAACAUCCUCCAGACCCUCACCAACUACUUGUUCCAGCACAGCGACGGCAUCAUCCGUGCCCGCUCCAUGCUGUGCCAGAUCUACUUCCUUGCCCUGCACGACCAAUACUACCGCUCUCGUGACCUGAUGCUCAUGUCACACUUGUCCGAGAACAUCUCCAACUUCGACGUCAGCACCCAGAUCCUCUUCAACCGCACCCUUGUCCAGAUUGGUCUGUGUGCUUUCCGUGCCGGUCUCAUCUACGAGGCCCAGACCACUCUCGGUGAAAUCUGCGGUUCCGGUCGCCAAAAGGAGCUGCUCGCCCAGGGCAUCAUCCUCCAGCGGUACUCGACCGUCUCCCCCGAGCAGGAGCGUCUGGAGCGCCAGCGCCAGCUGCCCUUCCACAUGCAUAUCAACCUGGAGCUGCUUGAGUGCAUCUACCUGACCUCUAGCAUGUUCCUCGAGGUUCCCCUCAUGGCACAGACCUCUUCCGCCCCUGAGAUGCGCCGCCGCAUGAUCUCCAAGACCUUCCGCCGCAUGCUCGACUACAACGAGCGCCAGGUGUUCACCGGUCCCCCCGAGAACACCCGUGACGGAGUGAUAAUGUCCGCCAAGUUCCUUGCCGCCGGCGACUGGAAGAAGGCCGCCUCCAUGCUGGCCUCUAUCAAGAUCUGGGAUCUGAUGCCGCAACCCGAGAAGAUCAAGGAGAUGCUGUCGGCCCAGACCCAGGAGGAGGGCCUGCGCACCUACCUCUUCACCUACGCCCCCUUCUACGACAGCCUCUCCAUCUCCUCGCUGGCCGACAUGUUCGAGCUGCCCGCCAAGAAGAUCGCCGCCAUCAUCAGCCGCAUGAUCUCCCACGAGGAGCUGGGCGCUGCCCUCGACCAGGUCAAUGACGCCAUCGUCUUCCGCAAGGGUGUUGAGCUCUCUCGCCUCCAGUCCCAGAUCGUCACCCUGGCCGACAAGUCUAUGUCUCUGCUCGAGUCCAACGAAAAGACUCUGGAGCAGCGCACCCAGGGUAUGGCCAACGCCUUCCAGCGCGAGUCUGGCCCCGGUGCCCGUGGCCGUGGUGGCGGUGGCCGCGGAGGUGGCCGUGGUGGUGCCCGUAUUCCUGGCGGUCAGCAUGGCCGGAGACCCGGUGGCCAGCAGUUCGGUGGAGGUGCAUUGGGCGGUGCGAUCAAGGCUUAA